AGCGUUACCAGCCUGUCGUCGUGAUAAUAAAUUCUUCCCUCGAAAUGAAUGGGUGUUGUGUAUAUAUAAGUACUGCACACUAUAGGCCUACAGCUCAAGUAAUUAUACCGUAUAUCCCUACUUUGUGUGAAUAGGUUGUAUAAAAAAAAAAAAACACCUAUCCUCUUCAAAUGUAAUUUAAACCAAAUGGAUGUUUUACGUGACUUACGAAGUCCCGCUAUUUUUUUUGUACCUGUACGUGGGAAGUCCUGCGUGUUGACGCAGCGGCGCAAAGGUGGCAGCUGUGCGGUCCCGCACUGCUCUGUAACCGGGGAGAUCGCUUGUAGUUUCCAAGUCUCGGUUUGGCAGCGGAGCUUUGUUCGCAGGAUUUGCUGUUUAGCUCCUUUCCGUGUCUUUCAGGAAAGUGAUAGCUUUCGACAGUUUCAACAGCCUGAUCGCAUUCCCUGAAAUAACCCGAUCGGAGUGACUGCUGCCCGGAUGCAGUGAGCAGGAGCCUGCGGCCUGCCAGAGCGGAGUUGGAGCAGCGGCCUCGAGUUAUGUCAACCCCCCGAAAGCCGCAGGUUGGAGGAGCGGCGGGCUCAAGGCCUGGGACGAGUAGCAGUAGCAGCAGCAGCACCACCACCACCAGCAACAGCAACAGCAACAGCAGCAGCACCAGUAGCAGCAAUAAUGCCAGAAACACAAGCAGCGGGAGUGGUAACACUAGUAAUGGGACCAAUUCUGCAAAUGUUGUCUCUUCACGGACACUGGGAAGUGGAGCCGAGGGGUUACCUGUGGCCGCUUUGGGGAUCCCUACUUCCCGAGUUACUCCAGCUUCUCUGGCCAGACCCGGCUCGUCCUCUGGAAGCAGCAGAAAACGUCCUCUUCCAACACCCCUUUGCAAUGGCCUCAUAAACUCGUACGAAGACAAGAGCAACGACUUUGUGUGCCCAAUCUGUUUUGAAAUGAUUGAGGAAGCUCAUAUGACAAAAUGUGGGCACAGCUUUUGUUACAAGUGUAUUCGGCAGAGUUUGGAAGACAGCAACAGGUGCCCAAAGUGUAAUUAUAUUAUUGAUAAUGUGGAUCAGCUGUUCCCCAAUUUUCUAGUGAAUGAACUUAUCCUCAAACAGAAACAGAGAUCAGAAGAAAAACGUCUUAAACUGGACCAUCCGAAUGGGCAUAGAUGGCAAGUUUUCCAAGAUGUGCUGGGUACAGAUCAAGAAAAUCUGGAUCUUGCAAAUGUGAAUUUUAUGCUGGAGCUUCUUGUACAGAAAAAGAAACAGCUCGAAGCGGAAUCUCAAGCAGCACAGCUCCAAAUUUUAAUGGAAUUCCUUAAGGAAGCCAGAAGAAAUAAACGUGAACAACUGGAACAGCUACAGAAAGAGCUGAACUUUUUGGAAGAAGACAUUAAACGAGUUGAGGAAAUGAGUGGGUUGUAUUCCCCAGUGAGUGAUGUGGACCAUAAUCUGGACAGCACUGUUCCUCAGUUUGAAGCUCCUUCGCCCUCACAUAGUAGUAUUAUAGAUUCCACAGAAUACAUACAACCGCCAGGAUUCAGCGGUAGUUCCCAGGGAAAGAGGCAGCCCUGGUAUAACAGCACCCUGGCAUCGCGGCGGAAGAGACUUACAGCUCACUUUGAGGACCUGGAGCAGUGCUACUUCUCUAACAGGAUGUCUAGGAUAACGGAUGAAAGCAGGACUACAAACCAGCUUGAUGAUUUUAUGGAGUGUCUUUCCAAAUUCACUCGCUACAAUUCCGUAAGACCACUUGCAACAUUAUCUUACGCCAGUGAUCUCUACAGUAGUUCCAGUAUUGUCUCCAGUAUUGAAUUUGACCGCGACUGUGAUUAUUUUGCCAUUGCUGGUGUUACAAAGAAAAUUAAAGUGUACGAGUAUGGAACUGUGAUUCAGGAUGCUGUGGACAUUCAUUAUCCUGUAAAUGAGAUGACUUGUAACUCCAAAAUCAGCUGUAUCAGCUGGAGUAGCUAUCACAAGAAUCUGCUGGCAAGCAGUGACUACGAGGGCACUGUGAUUUUGUGGGAUGGCUUUACUGGGCAACGAUCAAAGGUUUAUCAGGAGCAUGAGAAGAGAUGCUGGAGUGUUGAUUUCAAUCUGAUGGAUCCAAAACUUUUGGCUUCUGGCUCAGAUGACGCAAAAGUGAAAUUAUGGUCUACAAACCUGGAUAAUUCUGUUGCUAGCAUUGAGGCCAAGGCAAAUGUGUGUUGUGUGAAGUUCAGUCCUACAUCACGUUAUCAUCUUGCUUUUGGCUGUGCAGAUCACUGUGUCCACUACUAUGAUCUCAGGAACACUAAACAGCCUAUCAUGGUGUUUAAAGGCCACAGAAAAGCAGUUUCCUAUGCUAAGUUUGUCAAUGGAGAGGAAAUUGUGUCUGCGUCUACAGAUAGCCAGUUGAAGCUGUGGAACGUAAACAAGCCCCAAUGUCUCCGCUCUUUUAAAGGACACAUUAAUGAGAAAAAUUUUGUGGGUUUGGCUUCCAAUGGAGAUUAUGUUGCAUGUGGAAGUGAAAACAAUUCCCUCUAUCUGUAUUAUAAGGGGCUGUCAAAUACGCUAUUGACCUUCAAAUUUGACACUGUGAAGAGUGUGUUGGAUAAAGAUAAAAAGGAGGAUGACACCAAUGAGUUUGUCAGUGCAGUGUGCUGGAGAGCACUGCCUGAUGGGGAGUCCAAUGUUCUAAUUGCAGCCAACAGCCAAGGCACCAUAAAGGUACUGGAGCUUGUAUGAAGAUCAACCAGAAACUACAAAACCUUUCACAGCUGUGAUAUUUACAUUGGAACCCAGACUUUGGGAAGUAUUCUCAAAUAUAACAGCCCAAAGUUUUCCAAAGGACUAAGAACAUCUUGAGAAAACAUUUCUUGGUUUGACUUGUCAACAAAUCAAGUUUAUGAAGACUGCCUAAGGAUUUCCAUCCAUAUUGUGGGAUUUUAUGAACUUAAGCAUGUGAGGGUGGACCAUUUUUUUGCGGAGAUGUGGGGAAAAAUAGCAUAAAUAUAUUCAGUUCUUCAUUUUGAAUAAAGUUUAUUAAGUUAAUCUUUUCAUCAGUUUUUAAUUCUUCCAGGAGUGAUAUGGCAUGUCUUUUAGGUUGCUCACACCAUGCCUUUUUUAACAUCCUGUUUAAGUUUUGUCAUAAAUUAAGAUAAUACAACUUUGAAAUCUCUUUAGAUGACAUCUAACUCCUUUACUUUUUGGUUUUAAAUAUUAAAUAUUGGGGGUGGACCCAAUAUUUAGACUUUGUCCACACUACAAAAAUAAAACUCAAUAAUAGUAUUAAAAACUGUUUCUCUUCAGA